AUGGCUGAGAGCAAGGAGGAGAACGUUAGGCUGGGCGACACCAAGUUCACUGAAAAACAGCCGCUGGGCACAGCCGCCCAGACGGACAAGGACUACAAGGAACCGCUGCCGGCGCCGCUGUUUGAGCCCGGCGAGCUGAAUAUUACUAUAUUGACGGUGAUGGGUGUUGGGAGGUCACCCAAUAAGUGUGACUCUGUGGGGAUUCAGGGGAUUGCUUGGGCCUUUGGUAGUAUGAUCUUUGCCCUUGUUUACUGCACUGCUGGUAUCUCAGGAGGGCACAUCAACCCAGCUGUGACCUUUGGUUUGUUCCAGGCAAGAAAGCUCUCUUUCACUAUGGCCCUUUUCUACAUAGUGAUGCAGUGUCUCGGUGCCAUAUGUGGAGCUGGGGUUGUGAAUGGAGCUGGGGUUGUGAAGGGCUUCAUGGAGGGACCCUAUCAGGCCCUUCAAGGCGAAGCCAACUUUGUGAACCAUGGCUACACUAAUGGCUCUGCCCUUGGUGCAGAAAUCUUCGGAACCUUUGUUCUUGUCUACACUGUCUUCUCAGCUACGGAUGCCAAAAGAAGCGCCAAAGACUCACACGUCCUCGUAUAUUUUGGCUCCUCUCCUAUUGGGUUUGCCGUGUUCUUGGUUCACUUGGCUACCAUUCCUAUCACUGGCACUGGCAUCAACCCUGCCAGGAGCCUUCGAGCCGCCGCCAUAAUUUACAACAGGGACGAUCACUGGAUCAUCUGGGUGGGACCGUUCAUCGGAGCAGCUCUUGCGGCCGUGUACCACCAGAUUAUCAUCCGAGCCAUCCCAUUCAAGAGCAACCGCGGAGACAGGCAAAGGAGCGCUGCUGUUGCGCGACGGCGGCUGCUGCGCUACAGUGGCUCCAGCGCGACGGCGGCGGGGGGCAAGCUUUUCUCCUGA